GAUGGAUGGAUGUAUUGACGGGUGGAUGCGUGUGACUGCAGCCUCAAACACGCUUGGACCAAGUUCGGCGAUCAGCACGCGCCUUGUAACCAGUCAGUCAGUGCGACAGUAAUGUCCAAAAAGCAACAGCAGCGGCAGGCUCGCAGAGGCAGAACAGCGCUGGAUGAGGAGGUCACUCUGUAAUCAGAUCAAUAGCUACAGGGACAUGGCUUCGACGCCGAGGGUCAGAAAGCGGUUGUGAAUUUGCUGCUGCUGCUGAUCUGAGCGUCUGGGUAAAGCUGCAGACACGUUGUGUUAAGAGUUCUGCACAUGCUCAGUGUGGCCCCCGCUGUGUAUUUUAGUCCCAGCAGACUCUUCUGUCCUUCAGGAGCAUGCCCUCUGAGCCCCCUCCCAGCCCACAGGCCAUGCUGACAGGUCAGAGACUGUGUCAGUCCAAAUCCCACCAGCACUCCGUCCUGGCAGCUCUGAACCAGCAGCGGAUGGACGGCCUGCUGUGUGAUGUCACGCUGGUGGCUGGAGAGCAGAAGUUUCAUGCCCACAGAGCCGUGCUGGCAGCUUGCAGCGACUACUUCAGGGCCAUGUUCAGUUUGUGUAUGGCAGAGAGUGAGGCAGAUGAGGUCACUCUGCAGGGAGUAUCAGGUGUUGGUCUAAAACAUGCGCUGGACUUUGCUUACACAGGCCAGAUUCUGUUAGAUCCUGGGGUUAUUCAGGAUGUUUUAUCUGCUGGGAGUCACCUGCAGCUUCUGGAGCUUCUUACACUCUGCUCACAAUAUUUAAUACAGGAGUUGAGCAGUGUGAAUUAUCUGGAGCUCUACCGAUUGGCUGAUCUGUUCCACCUGCCUGUGCUGGAGGAGGCUGUAAUUGGUUACCUGGUGCAGCACCUAGCGGAACUGGAGGAGGCGGAGCUCCUUCUGCUGCCACUCCGCCUCCUGCGGGAGGUGCUAAAGAGCGACCAGCUCACAUCUCUCACAGAGGAGGAGAUAUGGCAGUUGUUGGUGCGUUGGUUGGAGCAUGGCUGUAGGCUUCAUCAUUCUGAGGAGCUUUUGCAGCACGUUCGUUUUGGGCUGAUGGAUUUGUCCACCCUGCAGCGUGUGUCCUGUAGCCUGCCCCUGCUGCGCUCCUGCCCCACCGCUGCCGCUCUGCUGGAGGAGGCACUGGACUACCACCGCUGCCCAUUUGCCCAGCCGCUGCGGCAGACUCAAAGGACCACCCCCCGCUACCGGUCCCUCACACUCUACAUCACCGGUGGGCGCAAACGUGAGGUCAGCCGUGUCAGAGAGUUGCGCUUUUUUAACCCCGCCCCUCAAGAACAUCUGCGCCAGGUGGGGGGCGGAGCCAACUGGAGUGAGCUGGCGCCAAUGCCGGCAGGGCGGAGCCACCACUGUGUGGCGGUGAUGGGUAACUUCCUCUUUGUGGCGGGUGGCGAGGUGGAGCACGUCAACGGCCGCACAUGUGCUGUGCGGAGUGUGUGCCGUUAUGACCCACGAGCAAACCGCUGGACAGACGUGGCGCCUAUGAAGGCAUGCCGUGAGCACUUUGUGCUAGCCGCCCUGGGGCAGUUCCUUUACGCAGUUGGGGGCAGGAACGAGCUGAGGCAGGUGCUGCCCAGUGUGGAACGCUACUGCCCCCGCAGGAACAAAUGGAGCUACGUCCAGUCAUUUGACCGGUCACUCUCCUGCCACGCUGGGUGUGUGGCAGACGACCUGCUGUGGAUAUCAGGUGGCGUCACAAACACAGCGCAGUACCAGAACAGACUGAUGGUGUACGACCCAGAACAGAAUCAGUGGUUGGUGCGCAGCCCCAUGCUGCAGCGGAGAGUGUAUCAUGUGAUGGCUGCGGUGCAGAGGCAGCUGUAUGUGCUGGGAGGAAAUGACCUGGACUUCAAUAAUGACCGCAUCCUCGUUCGGCAUAUAGAUUCCUAUAGUAUAGACCUGGACCAGUGGACACGCUGCACCUUCAGCUUACUGACCGGUCAAAAUGAGGCUGGUGUGGCCGUCCAUGACGAUAGGAUAUAUGUGGUUGGUGGAUAUUCAAUUUGGACUAAUGAACCCUUGGCCUGCAUUCAGGUGCUGGAUGUGAGCACUAAAGGAAAAGAGGAAGUGUUUUAUGGGCCGACUCUUCCUUUCGCCUCUAACGGAAUAGCGACAUGCUUUUUACCUGCCCCGUAUUUCACCUGCCCCAACCUGCAGACUCUACAGAUGCCCCACCACCGUAUAGGAACACUCUAAUGUGCUUCAGACUCACACUACACACAUACAAAACACACACAACACGAAUGCAAAUAAACAUCUUCACAUGGACCAAGAAUAGACUCCUAUGAACUUUUGGAGUUGCACUUGGUCCAGUUUAAAACAUGAUGCGCAAACUGAACAGAUUGGGAGAUUAACUGUGUAACUGGUCUGAAGUGUUGGUACUGAUAGAUUGUUAAUGGAGGGAACCUGAGGGCACACAGAUGUGAUAAAAAACAGCAUGUAGUCUGUCAUUAUUUAACAAACCUUUGUGUCCAUUUAAAGGAAUAGUUUGGCAAAACAUUUAUACAAUUUUCCACUUACCCUAGAUGUAGUCGAUCAGUUAAGACAUGUCUGGAGUCCAAAUUUUACUUCUUUAGUUUAGAGCUGAAGCAGUGAGGCUAACAUUGCUAACACACACUAGAACACAAUAGUCACCCAAAUACCCCUAACUGCUUCUGCAAAAUAUAUUACCAUACAUCUUUCUGCCUACUCAAACUGUGUUCAGAUUAAGAUUAAGAUUAAGCACAGCCACUUUAGACAUCAGGGUCUGUAUUCACAAACCACCUCAGAAAUAUUCGUGUGACUUAGAAUCAGUAUUUGUGACAAUGAAGAUCAUAAACAUAGAGGAAUCUGAUCCAAAAAUCAGCACUGCUUUGUGUUUACAGACCUGGUGUUUUUGAAAUGGCUGUACAUAGAAGUUUUAGAAGUAUAAGUUUUCUUCAUUUUUACAGCUCGCAGUAAGUCUCUCACAGCAACUACAUCAACAAGUCUGUGCAACAAUAAUGAAGACUUGGAUGUGGUUUGAGCAGAGAGAGAGAAGCUUUAGUGAUUUUUUACAGAAACAGUUUGGGCUAUUUGGGUGAUUAUUGAUUAACUGUUAUUGAGUUGUAGUGUUUGUUAGCAAUGCUAGCCUUGUAGCUCCAGUUCUAAACUACAGAAGCAAAAUUUGGACUCUAAACAUGUCCUGAUCUACUACAGCUGGGUAAGUGGAAAAUGGGGUAAGUUUGUUUUUUGGGCUGAAUUAUUAUUUAAAAAAGAACACUUUUUGUUCAUUUUAUGUAAACAGUGAGGUAUCAUAUUAAACAAAGACCAUCUAAUUAGACAGCUUUUGUCAGAGUUAUAUUGUGUUAUUUUGGCCAAAAUAUGACAUCAGCUCAAAAAUAGACACAAUUAAUUCAACUUCAUUCCAAAUUCAUAUUACAAAACUCAAGUCUUAUGUUAUGACACAAAAUCUUUUUAAAUAGAGAUGACGUAAAAAUAUCUUUCAGUAAUUAUUAAGUCGAGUCAAAGUUUAUUUAUAUAGCGCUUUUACAACAGUCGUUGUCACAAAGCAGCUUUACAUAAAAAUCUGGAUUCAAGCCCCAUGAGCAAACCAAUGGCAACAGUGGCAAGGAAAACUCCCUAAGAGCAAGAAGAAGCAACCUUGAGAGGAACCGAGACUCAAAAGGGGAACCCAUCCUCCUCUGCUUGACACCAGAUAUAAUUUUUGGGAGUGUAAGGAUUUGUCAUCUGUUCCAAAGAUGGAUUCAGUACAAACUGGAGUUGCUGCAAAACUCCAAAUUAACAUCAAAAGACUGCCAAGUCAAGUGCCAGCAAAUGUUCUUACCACAGAUGUAGGUGAUCAGCCAAGACACGUUUGGCGUGUAAAGCUUGCUUCUUUAGUUUUGUACUGGAGCUAAUGUGGUUAACAGCUAAUAGAAGCAUAUAGCCCAUUAAUUAGCAUUGUGUAAACUGCAGUAAUAAAUCACAGCACUUAAUUCAAACUACACGGAGUUGUUAAAGGAUCCAUAUCCUGCAUUUGUUUUGUGUGGGUGUGCAUUUGAUGCUUAUGUAAAAUGUAAAUACAAUUUCCUGACUUUUCUUUAUCUUCUAGAACUACACAGGCUAUUUUUGUUACUAUGCAUUUAGGACUAAUAUAUGUAAAUGAGAUCUAUUCUGACUGUCUGUCCUGUAUUGUGCCUUGUUCCAAAAGCAGUUGAGAAUGAAACGCUUCUUGUAACUUCAGUGUGAAUGGGUGGAGUUAAACUGCUGUAGCCUGAAUAGGCGGAUGUACGUUUUCGUUUUUGUGACAUCAGACCACAAAGAAUUCAAAACGGGAUGCUUUUUCGCUUUUGCAGUUCAGUUUUCAUACAUGGACUGUAUGGACUGCGGAGUGAACAGUACACUUUUUGAAACUUUAGUAAUGUUUACAUAAAACAUUAAGCUCAUUUCAAAGAAGUGGAGAAGUGAAUUUAUUCAUUUCCAGGUUAUGGCCCUUUUUAGUAAUCACAUAUAGACCUGCUUAUGUAGUUUCUGACUCUGUAUGACACUGUUAUCUAUAAAAAAAUGCUGCAUACCAAAAACAGUAGUAGCAGCUGUC